AUGUCCUUGGCUUUGCUUCCAGUCCAAACAAGGGUAAUACCAAAUGAACCUCCGCUUGUUCCAUAUCGAAUCCCUAUAAUCGGCCAUGCUUUUUCUCUUCAAAAAGAUCCGAAAAAUUUUCUUAAAAAAUUACGUAAACAAUAUGGUCACAUAUUCUCCAUCUAUUUGUUUGGUCGCAUUGUCACAAUAGUUGAUAGUGAAUUUAUGCAUGAAGUUUAUGAUUCGGACGAUUUGAGCCUCACAGCAAAUAUUGAGGAUUGGAUUCCAUUCAAAUUACAUUUUGGAAUUGAUACAUUUACUUGUGGAGAAGUAGUGACGAAAAUCAUACGUAAAUAUUUGCAUUCGUCCAAAGAUAUAAAGAUUUUCUCGGAAAGACUCGAACAGACGUUUACCACAAUAAUUGAACAUCGAAUCGGAAAUUGUAAAAAUCCGAGAACGAUCGAUUCCUCCUUGAAUCUCAUAACGGAAGGAUUUGCUCGUUCACUUACUUGUAUUUUAUUUAAUGAGGAGAAACUUUGUAAUGAUCGAGAUAUUCUGGACGCUUUUGUUUCUUACGGAAGUCCGAAUGGUGAUAACUAUUCAACUAUUAUGUUAUUAAACUUUAUACAUCCAUGGUUUUAUCAUUUUAUUGUGAAAUACAUCAAUAAUCCAGCGAAGAAAAACCUUGAUAUUUUAAUGCGAAAAAUCAAACCGUAUAUCGCAAAAAGAUUUGAAAAUAGAAUCAAUAAUGAUAAAAAGGACCAAAAAAGCAUUGAUUUUCUUCAAAUGAUUCUUAGCGUAUCCAACUUCGACAAAAAUAGUUUUGAUGAAUUGCUGCUCGGAAGCGUGCUUAUGCAUAUUACAUUUGCAAUACUUUAUCCGACAUCAACUUUUUGUAACGCUGUAAUUCUUGAAUACGCAACUCGACUUGAGUACUGGCAAGAACUUCAAGAUGAGCAAUCGAAUAUUGUGCAAGAAUAUGGAAAUAGUCUUUCAUAUGAAAGUGUGUUAAAGAUGGAAAAAUUGGAUAGCUUUAUAAAGGAGUCAGCUCGUACUUAUGGCACUACACAUAUAUUAAUCGGAAAGAAGUUCACUUUCUCUAACGGCAUUGAAGUUCCAUAUGGACGUCGCAUUGCUUUGGAUUUCUCAAUGAUACACGGAGAAGAAAGUGGGAUUCGUAAUGCGGAUAUGUUCGAUGGGUUCCGUUACGUGGGAAUGAAUUCGUCUUUUACUUAUAUAAAUCGCGAAGUGCUCACUUUUGGAUUGGGACGUCGCGCUUGUCCUGGAAGGAAUUUUGCUACUUAUGUAAUCAAGAUUACUACAAAAUCUGGACAAAAAUCGCCGUAUAAAGUUAUAAUGGGAUCUGCAUUGCCUUUGGAAGAGACUUUGAUUUUUCAAAAUCUUUAA